AUGCCGUACUGCUGCUUAUCUCCUCAGCGAGUUGGAGCCAGCACCACCUACCUACCUUGGGUGAAACCAAUGGCUGUCGCUGGCGCCAAUCAGUACACCUUUCAUCUGGAAGCGACCAGCAACCCAGGGGCCUUGAUAAAAGACAUUCGGGAGAACGGGAUGAAGGUUGGCUUGGCGAUCAAGCCUGGCACUACAGUUGAGCACUUGGCACCUUGGGCCAAUCAGAUAGACAUGGCUUUGGUGAUGACGGUAGAACCCGGAUUUGGAGGGCAGAAAUUUAUGGAAGACAUGAUGCCAAAGGUUCAGUGGCUGAGGACACAGUUUCCCUCGUUGGAUAUUGAAGUGGAUGGCGGAGUUGGGCCUGACACCAUCCAUAAGUGUGCAGAGGCAGGUGCAAAUAUGAUUGUAUCUGGCAGUGCUAUUAUGAAAAGCGCAGAUCCAAGAUCAGUGAUCAAUCUUCUAAGGAAUGUGUGUUCAGAAGCAGCUCAAAAGCGCUGUCUGGAUCGGUGAGACCUACCUGAGCAGUGUUCAAGAAGGCUCUAUGCGUGCAGGAGAACCCAUGAUUCUUGUGCGUAAGGAAGGGCUGGAUGAACGUUAAUUAUGGAAACUUGUUGCUGCUGAACAGAGGAAUCAUUCCUUCGCUGCAAUGAAGCAAGCAGCAGUGAAGAACACUGGCUGUCUUUCAGGGUUGGAAAUACAAUGAUUUGAACCUGUUGUGAUUCUGUGGAGGCUCAUUUUAUGGCACGGCCUGUAAUGCUGACUGGAUUGAACUAAACUUCAGUCAGUGAUUUGCUUGCUAGAAGAGUGUAGAAUCACCACAAGCAACCUUUCUUGUGGAAGACUCUAAUCAAACUGCCUUCUGCUGUCUGUAUUUUUUCUUUUGAUCAGUGCAUUCCUACAAAACUUCUCUAAUAUUUGCAUUAAACACCC